AUGGCCAGCUCCAUUGAUGAUGUCCUUGGUGACCUCUUGGGGGAUGAUUUGACCCUCCCCGAGAAGCCUGUAAAACUAGCUCCACGUGCCAGAGAUGUCACGGGCCCUUCUCAGGUGCUUCCUUCCUCAAGAGCUAGAACAAAGUCCCUUCUGGAAGAUGACUUCUUCAACACCAUGGCAGGCCUAGCAGGAGCUGAUGCUGAGGUUUCAGAUGUCUCUGAUGCAGACCCGCAGGCUUUGCUCCAGACCCUGAAGGACAUGGAUGACAUGGAUGAAGACCUCUGGGGUCUGAAGAAGUCAAAUCCAGCCUCUCGCAAGACAGCCGCAAAGGGUUCUGGGAAAGAAGAGCUGCCUAGCAUUUCCAAACCUGCUGGCAAGCUAAUGGGCAACGAGAAAGAUGGGGAAGACCCGUUGGCUGGACUUCUUUCAGAUGACGAGGAAGAACUUGCCAUACGGCCACCUGUGCCAGAGGGUAAAAUGGCUUCUGACCAGAGCCGCAGCCCUGUUAGAGACCAAGGACCCUCUAUUCCUCUAACUCCUGGUGACACCCCGGUCCGCAAGAAACAAGAACUAAUGUUUGACGAUGGGGACGACAUCAUGGCCACCCUGGGCUUUGGAGACAACCCCAAAGCAGAGAGGGGUCAGAUGGGAGACCAGGAAGGACCCCGUCCUGCUCGCUCCAAGCUUGAUGAGCUGCUGGGUCGAGGCACUGCCGCCAAACUCCUGACGCGCCCAGGCACCGGCGAGCUCAGAGAGUUCAAGCUGGACAAGAAGUACCAGAGGCCGCAAGACAAAGAAGAUACCUGGGGUGACGAGGACUUCACCUUUGGAGCCUAUCAACCCACCGUGGGCUCCUCAGAGGGUCGGCAGUCCCGCCGGCAGUCUGUCAGUAGGUUCUUAGCAGAAAGCGGCAUUGACCCCAAGGGAGACCUGGGCUCCAGGCAGAGCACUCCAGCCACGUCCAGCCCCAUCCAUCCCAGAAAGGGAGGUGCCGACUGGCUGGGCCUCAAGGAGGACGACUUUGACCCGAUCUCACCCUCUCCCACCCGAGAGACCCGGAGGAGCGGCUCAGCGUUCUCCGUGCCCUCAGCACCUCCUCCUGCCAGCCAGCACUCAGCCUCAGCUGGUCGGCCUAUCUCUGGAGCAAAGUCACCCGCUGAGGGGGCAGGCUCCCCUUCGAAAGCCAGCCCGGCCUCCAAGUUGGGAGCCCCUGAGGGGACAGAACAGGAAGACUGGCUGAGCCACGCCUUAUCUCGGAAGAGGUCAACAGGGCCUGUGGGCCACCUCCCACCCAGCAGCCAGCCUGUUGCCAGCAAACCAGUGCCUGAGCAAGCAGCUCCUGGAGGCGGGGGCUUUGGAAUGGCAGCGGAGAAAGUGCCACCUCCAGGGCCAGAUGAGUUGGGGUCUCCUGUGACAUGGAAGCAAACUGCCUUGGCAUCCUCAGCAGGCCAUCAGAAGAGGGGACCAGCUCCUGGAGAGCUCUCCAGCCCUGAACCUGCGCUUUGUUUUGCAAGCUCCCAGGAACCCACAGGACCUUCAGUGCCUCUCCAGCCUGCAGCGCAGAGCCGACCGCCGGCCCCUGAGUACCACCAGCAGCUGCUGGCAGCACAGACACAGCUUCAGGGAAGCACCAGCCAGCUCCAGACAGACCUGCUGCAGAGUCAGGCCCGGCUGGCCGAGCUCGAGGCUCAGGUGCGGAAGCUGGAGCUGGAGCGGACUCAGCACACGCUACUGCUCAAGAGUCUGCAGCAGCGGCACCAGGCCGACCUGGAGCUCAUCGAGAGUGCACACAGGAGCCGGGUCAAGGUGCUGGAAACUUCGUACCAGCAACGGGAAGAGCGGCUCCGGAGGGAGAAUGAGGAGCUGUCGGCUCAGUACCUGUCUCACUGCCAGGAAGCUGAGCUGGCCCGAGCUGAACUCACUGCCCAGCAUCAGCGGCGCUUAGCUGCUGCUGCGCAGGAAAAGGACCAGGAGAUGGAGCGACUGCGGGAGCUGCAGCGGGCGUCCAUCCUGGACAUGCGCAAGGACCAUGAGGAGCAGCUGCAGCGGCUGAAGCAGCUGAAGGACCGAGAGAUUGACGCCGUCACCAGUGCCACUUCCCAUACCCGGUCCCUGAACGGCAUCAUCGAACAAAUGGAGAAGUUCUCCAGCAGCCUGAACGAGCUGUCCUCCCGCGUGGAGGCCUCGCACCUCACCACCUCGCAGGAGUGGGAGCUGGGGGUCCGGCAGCGUGACGAACAGCUCCGAGCCCUGCAGGAGAGGCUGAGCCGGCAGCACCGAGACAUGGAGGAGGAGCGGGGUCGCCUCCAGGAAGUCAUUGUGAAGAUGGAGGCGCGUCUGGGUGAGCAGAGCCGGCUACUGGAGCAGGAGCGCUGGCGGGUGAGUGCAGAGCAGUCCAAGGCCGAGUCUGCGCAGCGCUGUCUGGAGGAACAGAGGAAGGUCCUGGCCCAGCAGACGGCCAUGGAGAGGGAGGAGCUGGAACGUGCCAAGAGCGCCCUGCUGGAGGAGCAGAGGGUCGUCAUGCACAAGUGCGCAGAGGAGCGGCGACGCCUGGCCGCCGAGUGGGCUGAGUUCUCUGCACAGCAGAAGCAGAGCAAGGAUCGGGCCGAGCGUGAGGCAGAGCGGGCACUGCAGGCUGACACCCAGCGAGAAGGCACCCUCGUCAGUCUGGCCAAGGAACAGGCUGAGCUCAAGAUCCGGGCCAGUGAGCUCCGUGCCAAGGAGGACCAGCUAGCGGCCGAGCGGGAGGCACUGGAGCGGGAGCGGCAGGAGCUCCAGCUGGAGAAGGAGCGGGUCAACGCAGCCGCAUUACGCGUCAGGCUCCGUGCCGAGGAGGUGGAAGGCAUGAGCAAGGUGGCCUCAGAGAAGUACGAGGCUGGGGAGCGGGCGCUGUGCGAGGCCCAGCAGGUGCAGUCGGAGCACCAGGCCAGGCUCCAGCGGGUACAGCGGCAGCAGGAGCAGCUGCGGCAGCAGGAGCAGCACAUGCACCAGGAACAUCUGAGCCUGGUCCAGCAGAGACAGCAGCUGGACCGCGUCCGACAGGACCUGCCCUCUGGCCUCCUGGGGCUGCUCUCCAGGCCGCAGGGUCCAGCAGCCCCCAGCCUGAACGCCACCAGGACUUCGGUGACCAUCAGCCCACGGGGCAGCCAGCUGCCAGCCAGCCUGGGACCCUCAUACCUCCACGCUAAAAUGGUGCUUCUGAAACACACAGCUGAGCAGGACCGAGACUUCUUGGAGAAUGAACAGUUCUUCUUGGAGACGCUGAAGAAAGCACCCUACAAUGUAACGUCACAUUCAGCCUGA